AUGCAGGAACCCGUCCGUCAGGAAUCACUCAGUACGCAAGGGCUUCGCGAACACAACUUCAUCGCGACACAAUACUCUGCAUUAGAUGGCGAACACGGUAUCAACACCAUCCUCCCCGAUCUACAUUGGCUUCGUGGCUACGCCGGUACCACAGCUUGGGCUGGCACGGUGGCAAAUGCUAUUCUCCGGCGUACACCCAAGCAAGUUCUUUCAGCUAUGCCUCGGCACAUGUUCACAUAUCUGCCGCGUUGUGCACGGGAAAGAUUGGACUUGAGAGAGAGCAAAUCGGCAAGGCCAGAACGUGGUGGGCGUCCUUGCAUGGACGCGUUUCUGCGCCGAGGAACAGGAAACUCUCCCCUGGCAUUAAACGAAGAAGAUUUUGUGGCCCGCCGACAGCGUCGACAGCGGAGAGAGGCCUCGUUGCAUCGCCUAGCCAAGUGGAAGAAUGACGUCGAUCUCAGGUCUACCCAACUUAGCCGUGUGGUUCAAGAUUUGCAGGCGGCGUCGACUCGAAGCUUGCGGGCAUCCCAAAGGCGAUUCUACUCCCAGUCCCUACAAAACGUCGUGCGAGAUAUCCAGGAGCUGUUGGCGUCUAUGAGAGCGUUACUGUGGGCAUUCUUUGACUAUCAGGAUAGCCAGUGCCUCGACCACGCUUCCGACGAAGUCCUGGAAGUCAUGCAAACGAUAGCUGAGGUUAUCAUGGAGGCAGACUUUGACGAUACGCUCACUUUGCAAGAGGGGAAGUACUCGGAACAGACUAAUGCUCGCGCUGUACUGGAGCUCGUGGAAGACCUAGACCUCACCCGCGAUCAGAUAGACCAGAUCUGGGAAGAACUCAAGCUCUAG